UUCUCGGCUGCAACGUGUCUCACCAACGGCUGCCUUUGCUCUGGUCCCCAAGGCUGUUGAGGAACCGGUGGGGGGAGAGAAGGACUGCCCCCGCCAGCUGCAGCUGUGCAGUCGUGCAGAGAUCCGUCAAGAAGGAGAAAGAUCUCCCCCGUCUCUCUUUUCCUGCUGCCUGGGAGAAAUUGGAGUGGAUUUUGCUAGCGAGAUGAAGGGUUGUCAGAAUGAGUGCGCGGAUGGAUGCACAGCAGCAGCUGCAAAACCUGUGACCAAAUCUUUCAAGGCUGACGAUCUUGUAAUCAAUCCAUCUACCAUGUUGAAGGAGAAGCCAGACCCAAACGGCCUGGUGUUUGGAACAGUUUUCACAGACAACAUGCUCUUCAUUGAAUGGUCCUUAACUUCAGGAUGGGAGGUUCCUCAUAUCAAGCCCUUGGAGAAUCUCUCUCUGCACCCAGCCAUCUCAGCAUUGCAUUACGCUGUAGAACUGUUUGAAGGCAUGAAGGCGUAUCGAGGUGUGGAUGGCAAAAUACGCUUGUUCCGGCCAAGGCUCAACAUGGACAGGAUGUUACGGUCAGCUGUGCGAGCAACUUUGCCAGGAUUUGACAAAGAAGAACUUCUGCUUUGUAUCCAGAAAUUAGUGGAAGUUGAAAAGGAGUGGGUACCGUAUUCGACCUCUGCUAGCUUGUAUAUCCGCCCUACUUUAAUUGGGACAGAGCCUUCUCUUGGAGUCAAGAAACCAUCAAGGGCCAUUCUCUAUGUGAUACUGAGCCCUGUGGGGCCCUACUUCUCAAGCGGGACCUUCAGCCCCAUCUCCUUGUGGGCAGAUCCAAAAUAUGUCCGAGCCUGGAAAGGCGGGACGGGAGACUGCAAAUUGGGGGGGAAUUAUGGUUCUUCGAUUUACGCCCAACGUGAAGCCAUGGAAUUGGGGUGCCAGCAGGUUCUCUGGCUUUAUGGUGACGAUCAUCAAAUUACAGAAGUCGGGACGAUGAAUCUUUUCCUCUAUUGGCGAAAUGAAGAUGGAGAAGAUGAGCUGGCAACCCCACCUCUAGAUGGCAUCAUUCUUCCUGGUGUGACAAGGCAAAGCAUUUUGGAUCUGGCACGCAAGUGGGGAGAAUUUAAAGUAUCAGAGCGAUACAUUACUAUGAGUGAUCUCACAACUGCGUUGAAGGAAAAAAAAGUGAAGGAGAUGUUUGGGGCUGGGACAGCUUGCGUUGUAUGUCCUGUUUCAACAGUACUGUACCUGGGUGAGAAUUUGCUCAUUCCAACCAUGGAGAAUGGACCUCAAAUAGCAACCCGUUUCUGGAACCAGCUAAGUGAUAUCCAAUAUGGAAGAGAAGACAGCGAAUGGACAAUCGUGGUGUCAUGAAUGUGAAGGGCAAGAAUGUUUCAGCCUUCUUCAGGCACAAGAAAGCAGGCUGAAAUACCACCUGAAUGAUGACCAGGUUUACUGUAGCUCUGUGUAGAGUAGUCUGUGUAUUAUCACUUUGUUCCUGAGCUGGGGAGUUGUGUCCACAUGCCAGGAAGUGAAUCUUAGGGCUAUCAUAUCUAGGCUUCAAACAUCAAGAUGAUCACUAAAUAGCAGUAAAAAGCUUUCUUUCUGCAUCUCUUUGCUGCUAUGUAGUGGUCCAGCAGAUUUUUGCAGGCCACGUAAGGUAACCCUAGUGAACACAUUUUGAUUCUCUUCUGUGAUUUUGGUCUAGAAUAGAAAUCCAUCUUCUGGUGGAGGUGCUAGAUGUCAGCAAUAGAGACUUUCCUAACAGAUCCCUUGGUGUCCUGUAUAUCCUUGGUACAGUGGACAACUGUGUUUAGAAGUUCUUCAACUGCUCUUCAUUGCAAGCCAAAUACUCUUGGUCUUAUGUAACUUUUUAACCAGAUUGUUACAUGACUAUUUGCCAAAUGACUGAGAGUAAACCUUUCACUAUCUCCUUCUCA